AUGCUCGAACCAUCCUCAUCCGAGUUCACUCCCUAUCUUGAAUAUCUCGCACAGACGUCAAACUUCAUCAUCAAACUUAUCAAGCUGAUCCCAGGCUCCGAUAUCUUGAUCCGAUACGUCAAGUCCUCUCAUCAGAAUGACCCCUUCCGCACCUUCCUCGAAAUCUCCCUAGUCUUCUUCAUCAUCCGCACAUGGAGACAGAGUCGUACUCGAGGAGACGUAGGCAGUGGGAAAAGUUUCGUCAAACUAACUGAAAAGGAAAUUGACGAAUUGAUAGCCGAAUGGAAGCCAGAACCACUCGUCGAGACCGCCGCGCAGACCACACAAGCAUCAUCCCAACCGCCGAUCAUCGUUGGUAUUCCCAGUGUUCGAGCCAAGAUCUUAUACGGAGAGGCAGCCAAGAGGUUCGUGGAGAGUCCAUCGCACGACUCUCCGAUCGAUCCCAAGGACCUCAAAGAAGUUACCAAUCUGGCCAGUAUUAACUUUGCUGGCUUGAUUGGUAAUGAGGAUGUCAAACUUAGAGCAAUCGAGCAGCUCCGAAGAAGUGGGGUCGGUAGUUGUGGUCCUCCUGGAUUUUACGGCACCUUUGAUGUUCAUAUGGAAUUAGAGCGCGAUAUUGCCGACUUUUUGGGUCUCCAAAACUCAAUCAUUUAUGCGCAAGGCUUCUCGACCACCUCGUCCGUGAUCCCCUCGUUCAGCAAGAGAGGGGACAUCAUCGUCGUCGACCGAGGCGUGAAUUUUUCGAUCCAAAAGGGCAUCCAAAUCUCCCGGUCAACAAUCAGAUGGUUCGACCAUAACGAUAUGGGAAGCCUCGAAAAAGUCCUCGAACAGCUCAAGUUCGAAGAAAUCAAAUACAGACGCAAGCUGACUCGAAAGUUCAUCAUCACCGAGGCUCUUUUCGAAUCCGAUGGACAAAUAUGUGAUCUUCCUACAAUUAUUAAAUUGAAGGAAAAGUUCAAAUUCAGGUUAAUACUUGAUGAAACCUGGUCGAUAGGCAGUCUUGGAAAAACUGGACGAGGCUUAACGGAAUACUUUGGCGUACCACCGAAAUCAGUAGAUAUUUUAGCCGGCUCAUUAGCAACAAGUUUCAACUCGGGAGGUGGCUUCUGUGCGGGCUCGAACGAGGUCGUCUCUCACCAACGAAUCAACUCUGCCGCACUGGUCUUUUCGGCUGCUCUGCCCCCGCUCCUAGCUACCGCUGCGUCGGAAUCCAUCAAGAUCCUGAGCGACGGGGAUGGAGUGGAACGGUUUGAGAGGUUGCGAAAGAAUACUCGGCUGUUGAGGGAGAUCCUCAAGCCGAUCACCGGUCAUCCCAUGAGCGAGGAAGGACUGAUCGAAAUCCCAUCCCACGAAGCUUCGCCGCUCAUCCACAUCACUCUCAAAUCACCCACUCAACAAACAACAACAGCAACAGCAGCAACAACCACCACCACCACAACAAUGAGCAAGCCGAAUCAUGAACUAAGUCCCCACUGGAGUCCCAGACAAUUGGCCAACCCAGGCUUACCUCCCUCCGGUACAAAACUUAAUCUGAGACGAUACGAGGAACAGGAAGAGCUUCUCCAGAAGAUCGUCGAUCUUUCGAUCGAGCAGAAGAACGUCUUGAUCACUCGGACCAAGAAGGUCUGGGAACAAGAGAUCGACCCGAUGUGUCCUUCCCUGCGAAUCUGUGUCUCCGCUGCUCUCCAUACUGACGAGCUGGUCAAGGCGGCCAACAGUCUCGUCGAGGUCUUCAAACAAGUCUUGCUUGAUUAA